ACAUUUUCAGUUACUUGCGUGCGUGCACAACUCUCUCUGUCCUGUCGUGAAAGCUGUCAGUGACCGCACAGACGCAGUCAUAAUGCUGGCAGCUCACAGAAAAAGACCAAUCGAAUUAAGUUACUUUCACCUUUUCAUAUUUAAAGCAUUGCAAAAUUUCCAAUUCAAACGAGUUCGUUGAUCAUUUCAAGCUAUUGUUUCCCAAGUGUGUUUCCCUUUAAACUUUCAGUCUGCGCCAAUAAAACAAAUUACAUUCUCAAUACUGCACCUCAACUAAACAGCGCUUGUCAACUCCAUUUCCCAGCAUGCCACUCUCUUAUUCCCUGACCCUAAUCCGAAGCCGGGUCGACUCCGCGCGGUAUCCAGGAGACCGCGCUUUGCGAACAUGGCUGCCGUAUAUCCAGCUGACGACGAGUCCGGACCCGGACCGGGGAUGCAGUCACGAGCCUCAGCAUCUCCAAAAUUUGUCCGCACUCCGAGCCUCAGCCUGAGCGAUACGUUGCACCCAGCCGUUUCGGGUAUGGUGAGCCAGCUGUUCACGCAGCCGCCUGUGCCCCUUAAAUUUGACAAGAACAUCAAGCAGGCCUUUUACAAUACGGGGGCAAUGAUCUUUGUGGCGAUUUGUUGUGGGGCAGCUGUGCUGGUGUAUUUCAUCCUGGAGGCUUUCCUGCGACCGCUGCUCUGGGCCGUCCUCUGUGGGACUUUUCUGCACCCCUUCAAGCACACUCUUGCCCGGGCGGGGAGGAGGUGGCUUGCCGGUCUGCGAGACAGCGGAACUCCGAUCGUGCUCGGCACUUUGCUUUUGCCAGUUUGCUUUGUGAACCGUGGCGUGGAAACUCUGGGAGACUUGGUGCUGAGGAGGCUGAAGUUACUGUUUCUUGUAGGGGCCGGCCUGCCGCUUCUCUGCGCCCUGUACUAUUGCGGGAGUGUCAUCGGGGUACAAGUGCUGCUGAGUCGCGUGAGUGACAUCAUCCAUGCUGCGCUGGACUACUUCACGGCCGUAUGGGUCCUGAGUCUAGUUGCUGGCUACAUCCUGGCCGUGUCAUUUAAAUGGACUCAAGGCACCCAAUAUUAUCUUCGGGCCAUUUCUGUGCCAGUUUGGACAGUACUGCUCUUGUAUCUUGCCUCUGUGACUGGAUCUUGGAGAAUCCCCAUCUUCUUUCUGAUUGUGGCUUUAAUGACAGUUGGCGCGUUUCAGGACAAGCAGAGAGCAAAUGGAAAAGGGGGUGAGCUUUCUGGCCAGGUGUUUUCCAUUGCAGCCAACACUAUCAGCAUGGCAAUCUCCUUUACUGGAUUUGGUGGAACAUCUGGGGAACGUCCUGGUUCUCAACCUGCAGGUUCUCCUAAAAAUAGUGCCUCCCAUCCGGAUGUUUCCUGUUCUCCCUCCUCAUCAAGCAGUCGCUCCAGACCAGAGUUUCGCUUUUCCUUGCAAAAGAAGAACACCAGUGACAUCUAUUUUGUGUUACUGGUUUGGGCCAUUGUUAUUUUGCAGAUCUGGCUCAAUCUUUGGCUGUUGCAGCUGCUUCCAGUCCCUGUUGCUGUGUGGUUUCUGAAGAAACUGGUUCUACGCUUUGGACUGCUAAAUUUUGCAGAAAAGACUUUGGUUUCCUGGUGGGAGAUAACAGGAGAGUUUUUAAAAGAGCGACAGGAGGCACUUGUGCCUGGGCCCAUUAAAGGCAUUGGACAUUUCCUCGUAAAAGUCGAUACAAAGCUCUGGCAUUGGCUUAACAAGCAGAUGAUCAUCUGGCUGGAGAGGUCGCUGGACAAACUGAUCAGCAUCUUUAUCAUCUUUCUCUUGGUUAUGGGAACACUGCUGCUGGCGCUGCUGCUCACAGCAAAGGUGCAUGAAGAGAGUGUGCAUAUUAUCCAAGUGACAAGCAACCUCAUCAACGAGACUGUGUCAAACCAUCCAGAGUGGGCAAACUGGCUUCCUGAAGCUCAAGUUGUACAAAAAGCUUUGAAUUCGGCAGCAAACAAUGUGUACCAGUAUGGCAGAGAGUGGAUAACACACAAGUUGCACAAAAUUUUAGGGGAGAAGGUGAAUAACACAGCAGUAAUCGAGAAGCAGGUUCUGGAGCUCUGGGACAGGCUGUAUCAGUCCUGGUUUGUAAAGAAUGUCAACCAUUCUGGGAGGCACCGAGGUCACAAGAUGCACAUUCAGAGGCAGAACAGCUGGCUAGGAGACAUUUUGGACUGGCAGGACAUUGCUUCCUUUGUGCAUGAAAACAUUGAAACGUUUCUUUCUAUUUUAGAGUCGCUGUGGAUCGUCAUGAGCCGAAAUGUCAGUCUCUUGUUCACCACGGCCACAACGCUAUUGACAGUUCUCUUCUACAGUGGAACAGCUUUGCUCAAUUUUGCACUGUCCAUGGUUAUUUUUCUGACCACACUUUUCUACCUGUUGAGUUCCAGUGGAGAAUAUUAUAAACCAGUCAAGUGGGUCAUCAGUCUAACCCCUUUGUCACAACCUGGACCAUCGUCCAACAUUGUGGGCCAAUCAGUUGAGGAAGCUAUAAGAGGUGUUUUUGAUGCAUCAUUGAAGAUGGCUGGAUUUUAUGGGCUGUACACAUGGCUCACCCACACAGUGUUUGGGAUCAAUAUUGUGUUCAUUCCAGCAGCUUUAGCAGCUAUCCUUGGUGCUGUGCCAUUCCUGGGAACCUAUUGGGCUGCACUGCCAGCUGUGUUGGACCUCUGGUUCGUACAAGGAGAAAGUGUCCUGGCACUGCUGCUCCUGGUGUGCCACUUGCUGCCAACCUACUUUGUAGAUACAGCCAUCUAUUCAGACAUCUCAGGAGGUGGGCACCCUUAUCUGACCGGUCUGGCAGUUGCAGGUGGGGCCUACUACCUAGGCUUUGAAGGAGCCAUAAUUGGGCCCAUCCUGCUUUGUAUCCUAGUGGUGGCUUCCAACAUCUACAGUGCUAUGCUGAUGAGCCCAAACAGUGUGCAGACGACACCAUUGCAGGGCCCGUGGCCUACACAAGCACAAAGGUCUUUUGCUGACACAACUGACGAGCUGAAAAGUGGAGUUGAGUAGAUUGCGGUUCCUCUUCUUUCGUGUAAUGGAACUGGUGGCCUGCAUGGCCAUGCCCAGAUGCCUGCUUGGGGCCUUAUUUCCUGCUUCAACACACACAAGCGGUGGACCGCUCUGGUGGUCCUGACUUGGUUUUUGGACUUCGGCUGGCCUUAGAACUUGCACACCUUGUGCCUCAAACAUUGUGCUUUAUUAGCUUUUUUUUUUUUAACUACUCCCCUGACUUGGGCCUUUUUUCCUACCUGUGAUGGUGGCCCGGUCAGGACAUGACACAGAGUGAAGCCAUCAGUCCAACUCAACAGGUGAUCACAAUGGAACAAUUGUCACUCAAAGAUCAGGAGCAAUUACCAAACAGCAAGUUUUACUGUGAGUCCUGCAUUUUUGAAAUUGCAGAGAGAGGAUGCCAGAUUAUUCUCGCCUGUUUUCAUCCUGCUGUGGCCACAUGUGUCGCUGUUCCUUUAAGUUAGCAUCAGUGCAAUCACGGCAUCUAUGAGUGUCAGGGGCACUUAGGUGCUGUAACGAGCUGCUGAAUAGCAAAGUGACAGGAAAACAAAUUAAAAUAAUCAACACGUAAAAAGACAAAGCUAAAAUGCAACAAACAAAUCAGUAAGGAUGUUCAGUGGAGGAGCAAUAACUUUCUUACAAGCAAAAAACCCUGAUGAAGGCGAGAGCUCUUUGUGUGGUAGAGCACGUCUGCUGCUGCUGCUGCUGCUUGGGUAAUCGUAAACACAGAUUUGUGCGCUAGUGGCAGACGCUGUAGGCGACCAGUCUGUGUGUGUGUGUGUGUGUGGAAGACUUUUCUUCAUCCUUUAAAAUUGUUCACUUCGUUAUUUUCUCUGUAAUCCUGGAGUUAGCUGUUGAUGGUACCUCAUGUCAGAACCACCAGCCUUUUUUCCCCACAAGCUGCAUUUUGCUUUAAAGUAAAGCACCUCAGAUGUUCAUUUUUGUUCAUAUGAUAUGCAACGCAUUGUUACUUUACACAUUCAACAAGGACCUGCUGCCAGCUGGGACUGUGUUUAUCAUGUUGUGACAAACCAGUUCAUGUGAAAGUUGUUUUAAAUAAAGAGUCGAAUGCCUUCACUGCCUCGACCUUCUGCCAGUUGAUAGUUUGAUCCUUUUUUAACAAUGUAUUAGGUGAAAAAUAGGAUACGAGCAUGUAAGGCACCUGCGAAACCCCCUGCUAGUCUGUGUAUAUGGGGGGGGGGGGGGGGGGCCCAAAAAUUCCUAAAAUCAGUCACGCACACAGGUAUAGGGUGUAAUUAUUGGCCAUGCCACUGGGUAUCAUACAGUUGUGCUUGAAAGUUUGUGAACCCUUUAGAAUUUUCUAUUUUUCUUCAUAAAUAUGACCUAAAACAUCAUCAGAUUUUCACUCAAGUCCUAAAAGUAGAUAAAGAGAAACCAGUUAAACAAAUGAGACAAAAAUAUACUUGGUCAUUUAUUUAUUAAGGAAAAUGAUUGACUAUUACAUACAGUAAUCCCUCGCUACUUCGCGGUUCACUUUUCGCGGAUUCACGACUUCGCGGGUUUUUAAAUACAAGUGAUUGCCCGCCUAUUGCGGAAGUUAUGUUCCAGACCCAUCAGCAACAGGAGAAAAUCCGUGAUAUAGAAAGACCAUAUAAAUAAACAUUUUUAUAGUUUAAGCCUUAAAAUACCCAUCCCACAUGCUUUAAACACACUUUGUUAACACAUAUGAUAUGUGGAUGUCGGGCUAAGGAUAUGAGUAACAUCUCACUAUUAUAAAACAUUUUAACUUCACGCAAGACAAGACAGUGAGACAGGAAAAUUGGUGAUGUACAGGCUUUUAAAUUAUUGACACGCAGAGCGACAAGCAGCACAAAGCCAGCACAAAGUCCACUUCUUCUUAGCGUUCAUUCAGCUCCCCACCCCCUUGACAAUGUGAAGUGGCAGGAGCUACUGCGCCUCCGGGGAGGGGGGCUUGAGCGAACGUGCGUUCAGCCCUCACACACCCACACUCCUCCUCCUCCUCCUUCCGAACGCGCAGAGCGACAAGCAGGCAUUUUGGCAGAAGCAGCACAAAGUCCAUUUCUGCUCUGCUCAGAGUUCAGCUGCCCCCCUUCACAAAGCGAGUGCAGACACAUUGACGUCUGAUCGCUGCGUGCAGUGUGCAGUGUUGGUCUGCGGUGUUUAAGAAUGUAGAAAGUGUUUAAGAGCAUAGGAAGUGUUUAUAAGAGCAUGGGAAAGGUUAACAAGAGAGUGAGAAAGGUUUAUAAGAGUGUGGGAAGGGUUUAUAAAGCCUUAAAAUAUGUAUAAAUGAUAAAAUAAAUAUAGGUCGCUACUUUGCGGAUUUUCACCUAUCGCGGGGGGCUCUGGAAUGUAACCCCCGCGAUAGGUGAGGGAUUACUGUAUUUGUGAGUGGCAAAAGUAUGUGAACCUUUGCUUUCAGUAUCUGGUGUGAUCCCCUUUUGCAGCAAUAACUGCAACUAAACAUUUCCAGUAACUGUUGAUCAGUCCUGCACACCGGCUCGGAGGAAUUUUAGCCCAUUUCCUCCGUACAGAACAGCUUCAGCUCUGGGAUGUUGGUGGGUUUCCUCACAUUAACUGCUCGCUUCAGGUCCUUCCACAACAUUUCAGUUGGAUUAAGGUCAGGACUUUGACUUGGCCAUUCCAAAACAUUAGCUUUAUUCUUCUUUAACCAUUCUUUGGUAGAACAACUUGUGUGCUUAGGGUCGUUGUCUUGCUGCAUGACCCACUUUCUCUUGAGAUUCAGCUCAUGGACAGAUGUCCUGACAUUUUCCUUUAGAAUUCUCUGAUAUAAUUCAGAAUUCAUUGUUCCAUCAAUGAAAGCAAGCCAUCCUGGCCCAGAUGCAGCAAAACAGGCCCAAACCAUGAUACUAUGUUUCAGAGAUGGGAUAAGGUUCUUACGCUGGAAUGCAGUGUUUUCCUUUCCCCAAACAUAACGCUUUUCAUUUAAACCAAAAAGUUCUAUUUUGGUGUCAUCUGUCCACAAAACUUUCUUCCAAUAGCCUUCUGGUUUGUCCACGUGGUCUUUAGCAAACUGUAGACGAGCAGCAAUGUUAUUUUUGGAGAGCAGUGGCUUUCUCCUUGGAACCCUGCCAUGCACACCAUUGUUGUUCAGUGUUCUCCUGGUGGUAGACUCAUGAACAUGAACAUUAGCCAAUGUGAGAGAGGCCUUCAGUUGCUUAGAAGUUACCCCGGGGUCCUUUGUGACCUCGCGGACUAUUGGAGUGAUCUUUGUUGGUCGACCACUCUGACAUUUACUCUGUGAUUGUGCACUUGAUACGCUGGGAUUUUUUUUACCCCCCUCUCUAAGUUGAAAAAAGCACAUCAGAUGACAUCGAAUACCAAGAUGGCGAUGAUCACGUUUUAAUGCAUUAAUGGACUUUUUUUUUCCUCUCCCCUGCAGACUGAAUCAGUGACAUUAAAUCCCCACCCCCCGAAUCUCUAAAUUUCAUUCCCUGAGAAUUGUUUUUCCCUUGAAAUUAAAACAGACUGAAGAAAAGACUAUGUGCUACCAUGGGGGGAAAAAACUUACAGGAGUCUCUAAAAAUGCCACAGUGACAAACGAUGAGCGCUGGAAUUGUUAACAGGACUGAGAGAAGUGCUAGGACAAGUGGGUGGAAUGUCAAGGUGACUAAAAGGGAACUGCUGGAAGUUGUAGAAUAUGUUUGUAGUUACAUUGCUGGGAAUUUUGGGGUUUCCCCUCAUAUACCGUACUGUACAUGUGGUUGUUUAUUAUAGAUUCUAUACUGUGUUUAACAUAUUGGUUCCAAUUUAAGUGGCUCUCCUCUUUCAAAAACAGAGUUUGAGGAAAAAUGACUGCGCUAUGCAAGAAUCAUAACUAAGCACACUGAAGCAGAAGAAAAAGGUACCAGUGUACCAAACCUGCAUGAGCUUAACUUGGUGUGUUUGUGUAGCCUCAGAAGGUCUUUGGACACAUGAAAAUGAAAUACUGUACCUCGAAUUUAACAAGCGCCCCCUUUUUUUUUUUCUUUUUUUUUUAUAAAAAAACGUGGAAAAAGUGUCAAAUUGGAAACAGUGCAGGACGUACACUAGCCAGUAUGUAGACAGUGACACGGCCUGUAGGUGUAUGCAUACAUAUCUGUGUAUCUUUUUCUGUAACAAAUGAGAAUGCAGCACUUAACGUGCCGUUGCUUAAAAUUCAGAUUUCGGCCCACCGGAUGGCAUGCCCAGUCCGUGCUGACACUUCAUGGUUUUUAUCAGGAGACACUAACAUGUUUACAGUUGCCAUCUCAUUAAAAUUUACGCCAUUCUACCAUGAAUGGAUGCUUGGCUCCAGUUGUUUCUUGUAAUCAGUGUUUCUUGACAUUUGUCUCUAGGAUUUUCAGCAUCCUUUUAAACUAUUUUGUGCCAGUGCCACCAACCAAGGGUUACCUUUUACCAGGACUGUCAUCCCCUAUAGAUUCCAUAAUAGCCCUCCCUGAAAGAGCACAACCAGAGGUUACAGAAUCUGCCCAAGGCCUCAUCUCAGAUUAAUAACGAUUAUUAUAGAUGGUUGUGGAGGUCAACCUUCUGGAGCAAAGCACCUGAAGACACAUACUGAUCAUGUCAGAGAUGAGGGGCAGUACGUGCAGAUUUUCUGCUUGCUACUGACAUUGACAGGGUUGACCGGUUUGUUUAUUGGGCUGCUAAAGAAACUGCAAAAAAAAAAAACAAAACCCCCCAAGGUGUCAUGUUUACAAGUUAGCGGCCCACACGGCUUCACUCGUUUUCGGUCACAGGUUUAGGUUUUACAAGUUCUGUCACCUGGUGAUGAAAGCAAUGAGUUCUGUGCUGUUUACAUGUCAUUGAAGGGCAACGAGAGGGAAAGAGUGGGCUUAGCAGACACGUGCUGCCAAUGUCCACCACAAGAGGGCAGCACCUGGCACUCAUCUGUUAAUCCUAGUUGGGGUGACAUAUUUGAGCGGCCUGUGGAUGUCUAGACAAAUGGCAUUGAUUUUCUGUGUUACUUUGCUAAAUUAUUUUUUUAUUCAUGAGAGUUUGAAUAUAAUGCACCGUAAAGACUCAUUCAGUAGCUAACCUUGUCAAGAAUGUUUUUGGAGUCUCAAGUAUUUUAAAGUUUCCAUUUGUAUACUAAAACACCAAUAAAACAUCAGAG